AUGUCGUCAUUGACUGCCACAGCGGCGGCCAGCCUCCGUUGCUAUCCAAUCCGGCCAGCUACACAGCCGGAGCAGCUCGACGAGGGGAGUUCGACGAGUGUGCUGUCCUUGGUACUUCGUUCGACCCCGCGCAGGAUGACGACGACUGACCCGAGCCCCCGGAGACAGGUCGCUACCUAG